AUGUCCUACCGGAAAAGAAAACGCGAAAAUCGACACCAAACUCCGCCUCCUGCACUUGAUCUCAACCUCUUGAUACAAGCCCAUGAGGCGGAUAUCAUUUGCGGGCCGCAAGCUGAACGAGCGGCAGCGUACUUGGAGGUGAACAGGCGGGAUGAGAACACCAGUUUGAUACGCUGGGCAGCCUCUGGGUCGCAGGCGGCUCGGCCGAUGGAUUCGGCGCUGCGUAUACACGAUGAUGAGGACAGUAUGCCGGAUCCAGAGAGUGGAGAGGAGGAUGUAUGGGUAGACAGAUAUGACGCGCGACUGCUGCUGGACUCUGUCCCGUCUUUUGGUACGACUCAACCAGCCGCACCACCCCCUAGUGGCGGCUGGUCCGACUUGCCUGAAGAUGCCGAAGACCUAUUCUACUUCGCGCCGGACGAGAUCGAUGAUUAUAGGCGAGAGAAGCGCAGGCGAAAGAUGGAGCGAGAACACGAAGAACGGGUCAAAGCACGGCGAGCGGAAGACGGAGAGGAAGAAGACGACGAUCCUUGGGGUGGUAGCGACGAAGAGCCGGACGAACCCCAGGCGGAACUCAUGCGAAAGACUGCGAAGCACAUUCUGUCUUCGCCCAACCCCGCGCAACUGGAGAUGCGCAUCCUAGCGAACUUCGGCGGGGAAAAGAAGUUCGCCUUCUUACGGGGACGAUGGUCCCGUGCGUGGGCUGCCACCAAUGUUCGCGCACGUCAAGAGAAGGCGGAAGCUGAGAAACCCAAUACCCCAGCGCUCGGCGGGCUAGGAGACUAUGGCGAUAGCGAUGAUGAGUCCGGAGAUGAACCGGCGCCUGCAGAACAACCUCCUCCUGCCCAGCCUACGGAGGUGGAGGCCUCGUCAGAGGCCGUCAAGGCGGCGCGACGUGCGAAGCUAACAGAAUGGGCGGAAAAACGGCGACGGGAGAAGGAAGGUCAUCCGUAG